UGCACAGGGUGUUCUCAGCAGUGUAUUUCUCCUUGGCCACCCUGACAUACUGAAAACUGAAAGUGAAGUAAGGAGAGUGUAGUGGUGUUAAGGGGAAAGGAUGUCCUGAGCAAAGUCCAUACAGGACUUGUGGACUCCACCCGCACUCCAUGAAGACACUGGGAACUACAAAUCCCAUCAUCACCAGAGAGAAGAUUGCGAGGACCUGAGGGCGGAGUUAAGCAACUAUACUCUCUGAGUAUUUAACCAGCCUUACGGCCAGGGGUCGCUCUUCUUGGCCACACGCAUGCUCGGUUUUUCACCAGCUUGGCGGGUCAUUGGGAUUCCAGGUCAGCGAAACAGGGAUGGAUAAACCUGCUGCUCCCAGACCCUGAGCCAAGCACCUCUUGGAUGCUGACCACAAGAUCAACUGGAGGUUGAUCUCCAGCAGGAACUUAUACGUGUACCAAAGAGACCAGGAGUUUCCAGAAAAUCCCCUCUCCUGGCUCAGACUGGGUGAGUAGCUCCUUGUCAGAGUGAACAUUUUCUGCGUUCGGAGUUUCACUUUCUGCUUUGAAGAUGGCGGCUUUUCCUGGUAUCUCUCCAGCUGGUUUUCUCGUCCUCCUUCUUUUCCAGGUGUGUACCUGGAGCUCAGCAGUGUCACAGUUUUCUGUGAAGGGACCAUCCCAGCCUGUCAGAGCCCUGCUGGGGGCAGACGCCACUCUGCCCUGUAGUCUGGUCCCUGAGCAGAGCGCAGUCAACAUGCAUAUCCGGUGGUACCGAACCCAGCUCUCCCCCGCUGUGCUCGUAUACAAGGACAGGCAGGAGCAAGACGGGGAGCAAAUGCUGGAGUACCGCGACAGGACCAAGCUGUUGGGGACCUCUAUCGACAAAGGGGAUGCGUCCCUACUGAUCCAGCAGGUCCGGGCCUCUGAUGAUGGCCAGUACCGGUGUCAAUUUAAGGAUGGUUCCAUGUCCGAAGAGACGACCGUGCAGCUGCAAGUUAUAGGUUUGGGAUCUACCCCUCAAGUUUACAUGACGGGGCCUGAGGAAAAUGGGAUUCGAGUCCUAUGUUCCUCAAGUGGCUGGUUCCCAAAACCCAGUGUGCGUUGGAUUAACAAGGCUGGAGGGGAGCUGAAGUCUCUUCCUGAGUCUUUCACUGAAGAUGACAAAGGGCUUUUCCACGUGGAGUCAUCUGUCAUUGUCACAGACAGCUCAAUGAACAAUGUGACCUGCUCCAUCCAGAAUCCCCUCUCUGGCCAGCAGAUAGCAUCAGCCAUCAUCCUCCCAGAACCCUUCUUCCCCAGGAUGUGUCCAUGGAAGGCAGCCACGCUUGGGACAGUCCCUGUGCUGCUGCUUCUCCUCGCGGGGGUCAGCUACACUGGCUGGAGAAAACAUCAAGCCAAAGAGAGAGCAAUAAUUAGAAAGAAGAAGGAAUUGGAAGAGAGAGAUCAGAUGAAGAUUGAAAAGGAAGCGGCCCUUCAAACCAGAGGGAAACUCAAGGAAGAGCUUGCUCGGCGAAAGAGAUUAUAUGAUUUAGAUUGGAAGAAGGCACUGAUAUACCCUGACUGGAGAAAGGAGCAUUUCAAGUCCGUCAAAUUGACUGUAAAAAACGACAAAGAGGAAACAACUCCCAGUAAUCAAGGAGACAGCAACCUGAUCACACUUAACCAGGAAGACAUCACUUCAGGGAGAUUUUAUUGGGAGGUGGAUGUUGAGGACACAGAGGAGUGGACUGUAGGCGUUUAUGAGGAUUCCACAAAGAGGAGUGGAGCAUCUGAAGAUUCACAAAGGAAGAAAUUUAGAAUCUUAGAGAAAAAGGGGAAUAAUUAUAGGAUUCUCUCCUAUUGUCUCCAAGAGAUUUCCCGCGAAGAACCUGCUGAGGUAGAAAAGAUUCCAAAUAAGAUUAUGGUUUUCUUGGAUUAUGAGGAUAGUGACAUUUCCUUCUACAACAUGGCUGAUGGUAACCAUAUCUUCUCUUUCACCGAGGAUACCUUCUCUGGGUCACUCUAUCCUUACUUCAAACGUAAGUCCACGGAGCUUUCCCGAAAUGCAUAAUAGUGAAUUAGCAGGAGAGCCUAUAUAAUGAAGAGAGUAGCCCUUCUCUGUAAACCCCAGGACUCCAGUCCUGACAGGUCCACUGAUCAUGAAACCACUUGACCCUGAGACUCCUUGAAGAGUAUCCAUGACCAGAGAUGCUGAUCAUUAAGCAAUAUAUCUUAAACAGUCUGCAAAGAUGAGUCAUUUUUACUUUUUGUAUAUGUAAAUAUGUCUUGCUUUAUACUAGUAUAUAUCACAAAAUGAUACUUUUUGUACAUGUAUAUAUGUCUUGCUUUAUACUAGUAUAAAUCAAAGACUUGAGUGAUACUUUAAAAAAUAAACUGGGAAAAUGAAGUGAAAAAAGGAAGGCAUAAAAUUGAAGUUGGUAAUUAUUUUAUUAUUAAAUUCAAUAAACCUGAAAUAUUCUGUCCAUUUACUCUAAAAGUUUUAUAAUACUUUUUCUAGAUUUAUCUCAUAAAGAACUGGUAAGAUUAUUUGUAUCAGGCAUUGGUCUUAGGGCCCUAUUUUAAGUAUCAUUACUAAGAAAACAUUCAAAGGAAUAAAAAUUACAUUAACUUCACAUUUCUCAAUAGCAACAUUGAAUAAAAGUGACAAGAAUGCUAUUUUCAAAUGUUGAAGGAGAAUAGUUAAACUGAAAUUGAGAGUAAGCUAAGCAAUAUUUUAAGUUCAAGGGUAAUUUGAGAAAAGAAUAAAUAAAUAUAUAUAUAAAUCAUAAUACAAUUCUAAAAAAUGUGAAGUGAACAUGAUGGAAAUCUGGGGAAACCAGAAUAAGGUGAGAAUAUAUUGAGGUAUUUAUCUUAUUGAAGGUAAAGAAAAAUCUUAUUGCUUUGCCUAAGAUAUUAAUAAGGAAAAUUAAUAUUCUGUAUUCUUGGGAAUUCUAAGUAUAUUUACCAAUGGAUGUGAAAAUUUUCCUUCUCCCUGUAAUCAAAACUUAUAUUAAAAAUGAAAUGAUUAGAGGGAGUUAAUAGUACUCAUGGCUUAAACAAGGAUGAGGAGAGAGUUUCUACCAGUGUUAGAAAACCUGCACAGAGUGAAGAAGAGUCUUGUCUCAGUGCAGGGAAUAGUUAGAACUAGACUAAAAAUCCAUUCAAUACUGAUGGGCAACUCCCAAAAGAGUCACAUUAUUUAUAAGUAUCUUAACUUCAUUCCAGAGCAAAUUCAACAAAGCAAAAGUCACAAUUCUUUCAAAAAAAAAAAAUAUCGAGCAUGAAAAGAAGCAGGAAAAUACAAUGUAUACUAGAAAAUCAGUAAAUUAACAUUAUACGGAAACUAUACAGGUGUUAGAAUUAACAUAUAAGGGACAUUAAAACAGUCAUAACUGUAUUCCAGAUACUCAGAAAGUUCACUAGAGAUAUUAAUUAAAAAGAAAGUCCUAAAUUGAACUUCAAGAGAUGGAAAAAAUAAUGUAUUAGAUGAAAAUUAUAUUAUAUUGAAUUAUCUUAUCUGUUGAUUCACUAUUUGUUUAAAUUUAUUUUUAUUUUCUUAUGUCACUGUUUUUGUAGAGUAUUUGAUAUGAUGGUGGGAGUGUGGGGACCGCACCUGUGGGGAGAAAACAGAUUAGCUAUUGCAGAAAUAAAUUGUUACUGAACUUGAA